AUGGAGGGAGGCCUUGUAGGCAAUGGGACAUCAAAGGGAGAGAAGGAAGGCCUCGUGGGUCCUGAAAUCACAUCUAAAGCAGCAGACUUUAUGACUGUGCUCGGUGAAGCGGCAUCGUCCUUGGACUGUGAGACUGUACUCGGUGGAGCGGCAUCCUCGUUGGACGAUGAGAGUGUACUCAGUGCAGAGGCAUCCUCGUUGGACGGUAAAACUGUCGAGGACGGAGUCGCAUGCUCUUUAGGCAGCUAUAUUUCAGUCGGUGGAGUGGGAGGCCUGGUAGGUUUGGUGACCUUACAUAAUGUGGAGGGCGGCCUUGUAGGUAAUGGGACAUCAAAUGGGGAUAAGGAAGUCUUCGAAGGUCGUGAAAUCACAUCCAAGGCAACAGACUCUAUGACUCUGUUCGGUGGAACGGCAUCCUUGUUGGGCGGUGAGACUGUACUCGGUAGAGCGGCAUCGUCGUUGGACGGUGAAACUGUAGUGGAUGGAGUCGCCUGCUCUUUAGGCGGCUGA